AUUUUGCAGAUCAAUCCUCGUGGACUAAUUAUGUCUGGUGUGAUGGUAGUGGCACAUCAUAGUACACUGCUCACCUACCGUGAUCGAGCUUACCGUAUCGAAUGCUAUUAUAGGGAAGACAACAAUGUUGUUCAAACUGAGAUGCGAGUCAACUCUCAGUCGCCGUCACCCCUGGCAUCGGAACCGAUUCCAUUGCCCUCAUGCCAAUAUAAUGUGGAAAUGAGCUCGAACAGCUCCCAGUCUGGCACUAGUUCACCUGCUAUAGUCACCAUUGGCGAUUCUGUCGUCCAUCUGUGGACGUGCGGCGAUCCGGUUCACAGCACCAUUUACUGCAUGCAGGUCCACUCAUGCGUGGCCGAUGAUGGCGGUAGCGAGAAGGUUACAGUGAUAGACGAAAGCGGCUUGAUAUGUAUGACUACCUCCCACAGGUGCUCCACGGACGAAGAACUCCUCAGUUCCCUAACAUAUCCGACCCCAUUGAGGGCAUUCGCUCGAUCUCGAGUGUUCAAAUUCGCUGACAAAAGUGACAUCAAUUUUGCCUGCCAAAUACGACUCAUGAUGAAGCAGGACACCGUAAAUGGAACAUGUCCGGUAAGUUUCUUUGAGCCCUGA